AUGCCGGAGGUUCAAGCUCUAAUGAACCAUGCAAAGGAGAGGAUCAAUCAAAGCUUUGCUAUCCAAUCCAAGAAAUCUUUGCUCAAGAAGAUUAUGGGAAUAAUUGAGCGACGUUGGGAGAAACAAAUGGAUCAUCCAUUGUAUGGGGUUGCACUGUACUUGAACCCAGAGAAGCUACAUCCUCUCCUAAAAAAGGAUGAUGAUGCAACUGUUGGACAGCUAAGAGGUUGCUUUCUUGAUGUGCUUUCAAGAAUGGUGGAAAAUGAGGAAACUAGAAGCAAGAUCAAUGCUCAAACCAUGGAUUAUGAAUAUCUUAGAGGAGAUGCUUUUUCAAAUAAGAUGGUCAUUCAAAACCUUGAGUCAAUGAGUCCUCUUGAUUGGUGGCGUUCCUAUGGUGGCCGUGCUAUUGAGCUACAAAGGUUUGCAAGGCGUGUGCAAGCAGUUUAUUCAUUUUUUGGUUGCAAUUGUGUUUCUGGUUUUGUAGAUCCACACAAAAAAAGGAACCGAUUGUUGCAUAAGAGGCUGAAUUUUAUUGUCUUUGUUUCCUACAACCGGAAGAUGAAAUCUAGGUUCCAAAAGUUACGCCAGAACAAGGGAAAAAACUUUGAUCCUUUGGUUAUUGAGGACUUUGAUUGGAACAAUGAGUGGGCUGACUCAUUGCAUGUACCCCCUCAAGGUACUCGUGGGUGUGAGUGUGACCUUACUUGGAACCUUGUUGAUGAAGCUGUUGGAGCAUCACAAUCACUUCAAGGCCGGAACUUUCCAAGAGCAGCCCACAGGCGUGCAAGAAAUUCUGCACCUAUGGUGGAUGAAGCUGAGUUGGGUUCAGAUAAUGAAGAAAAUCCAGAUCCAUUUGAUGAUGCAGAUGUGAUAGAUUGUGAGAAUGAUCCAAAUGAUGCCAAUGAAAUUGGAGAAGACAAUGAGACAAUAACGUUGUUUGGAGAGUUUGAUGAUGGCUAUUGA